UAUUAUUAGAUAUUUAUGCACUGGUAUUAUGUUCUGACCAGUAAACUGUGAUGAAUGUUUGAAGGAAUACAAAACCAGAGCUGUGUUUUGAAUACUUUUAUAAAAUAAAGAGAAUUGACAUUUCAUAUGUAAUAAUACCUUUACAAUUUUAAAAGUGAGCAGGGAACAAUUGAUCAACCAGUUAUGUCACCUAAUAUGUUGAAUAUGGUUAAUCCGGUUCAAGUUUCAUCAGUUGAUAUAUCUGGAGUUUUUGGAAAUAAGGAAGAUCCUAAAUUGAUGCAAACAGAAAUAAAUCCUGUAGAACCAGUAAAUUCAACAUACAUUAAUUUUAAUAAUCCUAAUGUACAAAAGGCAUUAGAUAAUCUUAUGCAAAAUAGUUCAUGUUUAUUAAGAAAUUUUAGUUUAAACUCAGGAUUAAUGUCAAAUAUUGGUACUGAAAAUACUAUUCCUGUUCAAAAUCCUGACACGUCUGAACAAAUGAAUGCCAUUAUGAAUAGAGAGAACUUGAUGAAUGAUCCUAAUAAUCAAAAUUUAUUAGGAUCUAAUAAAGAUUUUGCAGUAAAUAAAAGUCUCCUUGGUUCAGGACCAGCUGGAAUUAAUAAAGGAUUAUUAGGUUCUGGUCCUAUUAAUCAGAGUUUACUUGGAUCUGGACCAAUUGAUGGCAGUCAAAAUUUGCUUGGAUCCAGAUCAGACCUGAAUGCUCAAAGUUUACUUGGUACAGGACCAGGUGGUAACUUGGGUCUAUUAGGAUCGAGACCUCCUGGAAAUCAAAAUCCGCUUGGACAAGACACAGAUAUGCUUGGAUCACGAUCAGAUAUCAUUAAUCAAGGAUUAUUGGGUACAAGACCUGAUGUAAAAAAUUCAGGCUUACUUGGAACCAGACCUGACUCUAGUAUUCAAGGACUAUUAGGUUCACGACCAGAUGGUAGAGAUAAUAAUCAAGGAUUAUUAGGCUCCAGACCUGAUGGUAAUAAUCAAGGUCUGCUUGGAUCAAGACCCGAUGGUAGUCAAGGUCUGUUAGGAACAAGACCAGAAGGUGGAAAUUCUGGUCUACUAGGAUCAAGACCAGAUACUGGUAAUCAAAAUUUUCACAAUUCAAGAUCUGGAAUGAAUAACCAGAAUAUUUCUGGAUCAAGAGGCGAUUCCAGUCCUCAAGGUUUACUCGGUUCUCGACCAGAUAACAAUCAGAGCUUACUUGGAUCAAGACCGGAGUUUGGUAACCAAAGUCUGCUUGGAUCAAGACCAGAUUUUGGUAAUCAGAGUCUUCUCGGUUCUAGACCGGCUUCCAAUAACCAAAGUCUGCUCGGCCCAAGACCGCAUUUUAAUGCAAGACAUAGGUUUUAAGUCCAGCAUCAUAUCAUGACUAAUGAUGAUUUCAUUUCAUUUAACACUUGUCAAGAAUUAAAAUAUACUUUUUAUUGCAUAUUGUGUUUCAUUUAAUAAAAUAAGAUAUA